CGUCAGCAACCAGCAGUCAUGGUACCGCUGAUCCUACUGAGCCUGGCGUGCGUGGCGGCCGGCGGCGUGCUGACGCAGGACGAGACCAGCGCCCCCUGCACGCCCGGCACCGUCUGGACGACCGCCGACGGCUGCAACACCUGCUUCUGCCUGGCUGACGGCAUGCCGGCCUGCUCGCGGAUGGAGUGCGGCUCGCGGCCGGCGCCCGACAUGCGCGAUUACAACGACUUCUUCAAGCCGGAGCCGGCGCCGGAGCCGGAGCCGGUGGACGAGCGCACCGGGGUCAACUGCAGCCUGGGCGAGACGUGGCAGGAGCAGUGCAACUCGUGCGUCUGCCUGGAGGACGGCAUGGCGAUCUGCACGAAGGCGGAGUGCGCGGUGGACGGCAGCGCGCUGGCCGAGCGCGUCAAGGAGCGCUGCCAGGCGGGCGACACCUGGGCCGACGGCUGCAACGUGUGCCACUGCGUGGGCGGCAGCCAGGUGGUCUGCAGCCACGGCGUGUGCCGCAGCGAGCGCCGCCGCCGCCAGGCCGGCUGCACGCCGGGCUCGGAGCGGCGGGUGGCCUGCAACACGUGCUUCUGCAUGGCGGACGGCGUCGAGGCGUGCUCGCGCCGCUUCUGUCUGCAAGAGCAGGCUUCGAGCCGGGCGGUGGGCGCCGGCUGCGCCGUACAGCAGUGCGCGGCCGACUGCGGCAGCAAGCGCGGCGCCGACGGCUGUCUGCAGUGCAUGUGCGGCCCCGAGCCCUUCUUCGGAAGCGUCCCGUCCGUGCCCGAGCCACUCGACAGUCUCUGGGGCGGCCGCUGGCGCUCUGUCGGCGAGAAGUGAACAGCACCGGCCGACCGGACGCGCACGCGAGGACAAGGACCCGCCGGACGACAACGGGAUGGGGAGGACAGAGAUGAACCGCACGUGGAAGACGAGAAUGAGACGCCCUGUCAGUUAUGUGAUGCACCGUUUUGAUCAGACGCACACUGGUUUCAAGUUGCACUGGGAAAGCAGGAUUCCUUUUUUACGUUUCAUCGUGACGAACAGCUGAAGAGGGCUACACAGCACAGACUGGAACGCACGCUGUGCAUUUUUGCACGAUGCUAAAUUUGGAUGCAUGAAAAUACAUUUUGGAAAUCAA